UGUAAGGCUGCAAUUAGCCCAAAAACAUUUUCUAACCCGAACCUAAUUUUAUAUCCGACCCGGAAAAGUACUCCAAUAUAAGAGCAGGCGAUACGGCGUCGUAUCUUAUUCUGUCACAGUUUGUUCAAUCUCCCAAAUUAUAAUUCUGAAAUCGACGAAACCCAGAAAAAUCAGACAGCUCGAUUACUUCAAUGGGAUCGAAUGUGAUAACGCCAGAUGACGUACUGGAGACUCUCAUGAACGACGGCACAAUCGAUGCAAUCCGGUUGAAAAUUAUUAAUCAGCUCAAAGCGAACGAGGAUCUGAAGAGCAACACGAUAAAAAUGGUGGAACAGAGUAAGGUCCUCAAUACCCCCGGUGCUGAGAAACAGACUAAACGAGAGUUAUUUGACGCUCUUCGACAAGAGCUUGAAACCCCAGUACUCGAGAAGGCGUCUAGAUCGGUGUGGGACUUAAUUUUGGACCAGAAUGGUUUGGGGAAAGAGAUUAGUGAUACCGUUGAGAGAGUUUUUUGUCAACUAAGUGGCCACGAGCCACCGUUAUUUCCUACGGUAAUCAGUGAAGCACAGCCAGAGAAAGGAAAGGACAUUAUUACCCCUUCAACUUCAUCCAAGAAACGGAGUUUUAGUCACAUAAGUAAAGAAGAAGCAGAUGCAGCUGCACAAGAUUCGGCCAAGGGAUCAGAUGAAGCUGCAGCAUUAUCGCCCAAUUCAAGAAAAUAGAAUGUGUGUUUACGAUUCUGCCCCUUGCAUGACCUGGCACGAACCGGAGCAUAAUUCUUAAAGUAAGGAAUAUCGCGAUCUGAUUCUUCUCGAGAAAAAGCGAUAACUCGAUAACUCCUUUCACUAGUUACUCUCUUGUAGUAGUAACAAGUAAGUUCACAUGUGUUGAAUUUUGUCUCUUGUCUGUAUAUCUUUGUUUGCUGUAGUUCUUGGAUUAGUACAGUUUUAUAAAAUGGUACCAGUUUAUU